AUGCCAUAUUUUUCCUCACUCGUCCGCAUUUGUUCUCACUCGGUGGUGGAGUUAAGAUCGUUUCGGGUGGUGUAUGAGCUCACUUGGAGUGUCUGGGACGCUUCUUUCUUUAUUCCAAGCAGCACUUUCCUUUCUCGCUGAAAAGAAUUCACUAAAUUUCAAUGAAAUAAAACACGAGCACCAAGGUGGUAGCACGGAGAUGGCUUUUUGAAAAUUUUAUAACUAUGAGUGCAGCAUUCUUGUGCAGUGAGAGUUGGUGGAAAUAAAUUGGGUGAAAUUACAUUGGGGUGCACGUCUUGAGUAUUUCUUCGUCUUACCGGUGCGAACCCCACCGUGCGCAUAUAUAUAAACCAACGGGUUUUCUUACAACACGGGAGGUAGGGGUUCGACACGGGUGCAGUGAAAGCAGUGAGUGGCUUUAUUCCUUCGGGAAACGAGGGGGAAAAAGUGAAGGGAAAAAAGUAUACAACCCCGAGUGAUGUAUAGACAAUUGCAUUAUAAAAAAUUCACAAAGCUCUGAAUGCACCCCGAAUAGACUGCAUAAAAUUGCAUAGAGAGAAGUUUCAGCCACCACUUAACCUUGUCAGUCGACUUCCUCCAAGCAAUGGAUGUACAUGGGGGUAUGAAUUUUCACCAAGCAACACAUGAGCUGGCAGAUGAUGAUUCAACCUUUGAGGAAUUCUAUCGUAAUUCAGUGAUACUGAUCACGGGUGGUACGGGAUUCCUUGGUAAGGUGCUGGUAGAGAAACUCCUGAGAAAAUUUCCAAUUAAGCGGAUAUACCUUCUCAUAAGGAGGAAAAACAACAUGACGGCACAAGAGAGACUCGAGAGGCUCUUCCAAGAGGAGCUCUUCAUAAAACUUCGUGGAGAGAAUCCCGAAUUUGGAGAGAAAGUUGUUCCUAUCGCUGCUGAUUAUGAAGCAUUUGAUCUGGAUAUUGCUGAGGAAGACAAAUUGACUUUGGUCAAUGAGGUGGAAAUUGUCUUCAAUAUUGUGGCAUCGGUGAAGUUUAACGAAAAACUGCGAGACGCCAUGGGAAUAAAUGUGUUGGGCACGAAGAAAGUUCUUGAAUUAUCUCAGCAAAUGCAGUGUCUGAAAUCGUUCCUGCAUAUAUCGACGCUCUACUCGAGCUGCCAGCGCAAAUACGUGGGUGAGCGGUGCUACAGCCCCAAAAUCACGUACGAGCAAGUGAUACAAAUAGACCGAAUCGCUGAUAACGACACUUUCGAAGCCAUCCAGCACUGCCUCAUUGGAGAGAUGCCAAAUACCUACACAGUGACCAAGAGAUGGGCAGAGAAUUUGGUGAAUCACGUGGCUUAUGGGAUGCCAGCGGGUAUCUUCCGGCCACCAAUUGUUGUUUCGAUCUAUAAAGACCCACUCCCCGGGUGGAUGGACAAUCUCAAUGGACCAGGCAUCAUAGUAGUUGGCAGCGUAAGAGGAUUCAUUCACUGCAUUUAUGGAGAUAAAUUACAAAAAGCCAACAUUAUGCCUGCAGAUUAUUGUAUCAACGCCAUGGUGGUUGCAGCUUGGGACACUCACAGGCGAUAUCGCAACCGGAUGGUGCAGCAAAUCGAAUUGCCAGUUUACAACUUUAUCUACGAGAAGAAUAAUUUAAGCUGGGAGAAAUAUAUGCAUCUGGCAUCGAAGGGAUUACACGAGCCGCUUGAUAAAGCCCUCUGGUAUUAUUCUUACUUCAUUGUAAAGAAUAGGGUGCUCUAUAAGAUUGGAGCUUUUCUACUACAUACCAUUCCUGCGUAUGUUUUGGACUUUUUAUUAUUGAUUGCUGGAAAGAAAAGAACAUUUAUCAAAGCAUACAGAAAGAUUGAAAUAAUUCUGGAGAUUAUGUCAUAUUUUGGGCUACGUGACUGGAAAUUUUCAAAUGACAACAUUCGUUACAUGAACCAGUUGAUUUCCCACCGCAAUCGCCAGCACUACAGCUUGGACUUUGAGAUGGAGCACAUCAAUUGGGAUGAGUACUUUCGUCACUAUAUCCCGGGAAUUAGGAAAUUUCACUUCAGAGAAGAUCCCGGAAAUGUCAGGAAGGCUCGUGUUCACUACAAACAUCUCUAUGUCCUACAUAAACUCUCAAAGAUCUCAUUCUGGUCACUGAUUCUCUACCUUCUUGUGAAACAAUUUAGUCGUGCCUUUGAAAAGCUCAUUGUCGCUUGAUUGCACUAUAUUUGUCCUGCUGAAUCCAUCAUUUUAUACUGUAUGUGUGGCUUUUGAUACAUAUAAAACAGUCAAUAAAUGGAAGUGGAUAAAAUAAA